CAAAUGUCCAUUUCAGGCGUAGAAAGUACGUACUCUGAUUCAUACACACGUGUGGGUGUUAGUAUAUGAGCCCAGGAAGCACCGUCAGAAAUUCGGAGAACAAACUCAUCCAUCCCCUCUCCCUGUUCCUCCAUCUCCUUUUACACCAAUUGCCUUCUUCAAUUUCUGCCAGUCAUGCCUGCAACCUCCCUGGACCCCUUGGAUAUUGCUGUUCCUGUACCCUACCAUUUCCGCUGCCCGAUUUCCUUGGAGCUUAUGACGGAUCCGGUGACCGUGUGCUCCGGCCAGACGUACGACCGGGGAAGCAUCCAGUCCUGGUUGGCCACCGGGAAUACGACGUGUCCGGUGACCAGAUCUCCGCUCACCGACUUCACCCUCAUCCCCAACCAUACUCUCCGGCGGCUCAUUCAGGAGUGGUGCGUCGCGAACAAGGCGUUCGGAAUUGAGCGGAUUCCUACGCCGAAGCUCCCGGCCGAACCGGCUCUCGUCCGGUCAUUGCUCAACCAGGCGUCUUCUCCGAAGAGCCAUUUGAGCACUAGAAUUGCUGCACUGAUGAGGCUGAAAGCAAUUGCACAUGAAUCGGAGAAAAAUCGAUCGGUUAUUUCGGCGAAUAAGGCGCGGAAAGUCCUGAUUUCUGUUUUAUUCUCAGAGGCGCGGGAUCUGAUGGAGUCGUCUGAGCUCCGUCAUCAGUCGCUUGCGGUUCUGGCGAUGCUCCUUCCCCUCUCGGAGGCUGAGUCCGGUCUCGUGUCCUCCAAUCCCGUCCGAAUCGGUUACCUCGUGUCUCUGCUUUCGAAUCCUUCGAUUCAAGUCCGAAUUGACUCCGCAGCGGUGAUAGAGUCUGUUAUCGUCGGGACGAGAUCGGCGGAGCUUAGGGCUCAAAUCAGCAACGUCGACGGAAUCUUCGAAAGAAUAAUCGGGAUUAUCAGUUGUCCGUUGGCGUACUCGAGAUCCGUUAAGGUCGGGGUGAAGGCACUGUUUGCGCUGUGCCUGACGAAGCAACACCGGAACAAAGCGGUGGCUGCCGGAGCGGUCGAAACAUUGGUAGACAGGUUGCAGGAUCUGGACAAGUGUGACGCCGAAAGAGCGCUGGCCACGGUGGAGCUACUAUGCCGGAUUCCUUCUGGAUGCGCUGCAUUUGCAGCUCAUGCACUGACUGUCCCUCUACUCGUCAAGACAAUAAUGAAGAUCUCGCACAGGGCGAAUGAGCACGCCGCCGGAGCUCUGCUUUCCAUAUGCUCUGCCUCCGAGGAAGCUCUGCGAGGGGCAGCGGCGGCGGGGGCUAUGACUCAGGUGCUGCUGCUCGUCCAAAGCGAUUGCACAGAACGAGGGAAACGGAAAGCGCAAAUGCUGCUGAAGCUGUUGCUCCACAGUUGUUGGCCGGAGGACCUCACCGCAAAUUCAGUGGAUAGGGAUUGCAGUGAGGUUGUUCUAUUUUGAUGAUACCAAUUCAUUCUGAUGAUCUGAUAGUCAGUUAACCAAUAUUGUAAAUUCAAGUUCAUACUAUCGUAUUUCUUUUCUAAAAAAAAAUCUGUAAGAAUAGUGCGUUUAUAUGUUAGUUACGUUAGCCAAUCCAGUAAUCUCACUGACCUCUGUAACAAGGAAUUGAAUUUGCCUUUGAAAACAACUAUUCUUAUUGAUGAAAUGCAUCUAACAACUUGUCAU